AUUUGAAUUCCUCUCCUUUUCAAACCAAGAAGCCGCUAAACUCAUCUCCAAAACCCCUUCCAUCUUCAUCUUUCCAACACCAAAUCAACAAUCCCCACAUUCAACCAUCAACUGGGUCUCAAACAAAUUCAAAAUCUUGAAACCCCAUCUGCAAAUGUCAUCUCCACCCCCACCAAACCCCCUCCCCACCACCACCACAACCCCCAAUUUCUUGCAACCCCAAAAACAUUCACACCCACCAGUCUACCAAACCUUCUACAACCCCCAACACUCCAAUUCACGACCUCAUCAUCAACAACCACCUCUUCCGGUCUCUGGUUACCCUUAUACGGUUAAUCGCCCACAUGGGUUCUUGAAUUCGGAUCAAUUGGUUAAGGUUAACCCCUUGUCUGCCCCUUUGCAACAGACCCUUGUGGGUGGUGCUCCUACUGUUUCUGCAAACACAAAGGUUGUGGGUCAAUCAUCGGUUGCUUUUGAUAAUAGCUUAAGGGAUAAGAAUGGAGAUGAUGCGUUCGUCGUUAUUAGAGAUAGAAAGGUUCAAAUUUCAGAGGGCACUUCUCUUUAUGCACAAUGCCGCUCAUGGUUAAAGAAUGGGGUUCCUUUAGAAAAACAGACCCCAAUACCCACCAAUUUUGUCCCAGAUGUGAAUGAGGCGCUGCCUCAAGGCCGUGAGGCGUUUUCCAGAUUUUCUCGCACCUCAGGCCCACAGUAUCCGGAUGGUGUCAAAUCCCUUCCUAAGCCACUGCCUGCAUCAACGGUAGAAGCAAGAAAGGAGGAUGACCUGGAAUUAGAGGAGGAGAAUCCCGAGAAUGUCGAUCACUUGUCUGCUAAGGAGCUGUUGCAACUGCAUGUUAAUCAUGCGAAGAAGGUUCGAGCAAGAUUAAGAAAUCAACGGCUACAAAGAAUCGAAAGGUACAAAGACCGUCUUGCUCUACUCUUGCCUGGGGUUGCGGAUCAACAGCCAAAGAACGACCCUGCAUCUUGAAGCAUCCGCAUGCCAAUGAGCAAACCUGCAAAAAGAAGCCAACUCUUUAACCAACUUUAAUAAUUGGCUCUUUUUAUCUUUUAUCUUUUAUAUUACUUUAUAGUUAUCUUUUAAUCUCCUUUAGAACAUUGGAUAACUAAUUAGUUUAUGUUAUUAUGAAUAUGAUAACAGUGACAAUAUCUUUAUCUUCUUUUUGAUUUGUUGAAUUCACUGGACUGGAACUGGUGCUGGAAACCAUUUCAUCAAGAAA